AUGACCAUUUCAGUGCGGUAUAAGUAUUUAUUCACAUGGUUUUUGCUGAGUUUUAUUGUCAGAACAACUGAUUCUGCUGCAUGUCCGGAUAUUACUGGUAGCUCAGAAGAGGGUAAAGUUACAUAUUUUCAAUCCAAUAAUGCAAUGAAACAUUCUCCCGGGACUGUGGCAAUGAGGCUUUGUAAUUACGGACAUGUCAAUUCACUUCCAUUAACAGUUUAUUGCUUAAUGGAUGGCCAGUGGAAUGAUAAACUUGGUGAAUGCACAAUUGCUUCUGAUACUUGCAGUGCACAUGAAAGUGGAUCAAAAGUUACAUACUUUCCACCUGAAAAAAAUGGCAAAUAUCCUACUGGAACAUUAGCUAUGCUAGUUUGUUCUCUGGAUGAGCCACACUCCGGACCAUUGUUCGCAGCAUGUCUACACGGCAAAUGGACUACCAAACUUGGAGAAUGUCAUUCAUCAAAUGAUGAUAAUCCUCCAAAACAUAAUUCAGAUACCAAUAAUCAUACUCCAGAUGCCAACAAUCAUAGUCCGGAUAAUCAUACUCCAGAUAUCAACAAUCAUAGUCCGGAUAAUCAUAUGAGUGAUGGUACCGCAAAUAGCGUGCCAGAAAAGAAUGUAAAGACUAAAUUCGUGGCACCAAUUGAGAAAAUUGAAGCGACAGCAAGUAACAUUCCAGAAUCGUCCGAAAAUAGCAUUGAAAUUACUUCUUCAGAAGCAGUUGAUGCUACAACUUAA